AUGGCUAGCAAAAGCAUGACGAAAGCCGGUAGCUCCACGUACGUGGUGCGUCCACAGUCCACUACUGUCCCAGACCAGAACAAGAGCUCGAGAAAACCAUCAGAGUUCAAGAUCGCAGGAGCUGGACAACCCGCUCUUCCGGCACGGCACGGGGUAAUACAGACGACGCAGCAAGUAGCUUUCUUCCCUACCACCUGCUUGCUUGCAGUUGCAGAUGCAGCAUGUGCUGUGAUGGAGAGAGAGAGAGAGCAUUUGCUUCUUUGGCAUGCACCAUACUCACUUCUGUCCAGUCCAAUGGUCUCCCGCGCCCUCACUGGUCACUGCGUCGUGCCGUGCGUACCUCCGGCAACGCCAGUGGCGAGGGGGGCCUCACAUGUCCCCUGCACCAUGCUCAGCCGUCCCUGUGACGACGUAAUCCAACGGCAGAGAAGGGAGUAGCUGGAGAACUGAUUCCUGGAUUUCGGCAAUGACCAACAUACACUUGUUUUCCGCAAGACGUGCCUCACUAGGCACAGUGGA